GUUAUCCGCAUUUUAAUUCGAAAACAGUAUGGAAACAAAGAGAACUUCAAUUCCCAUAAUCCUCCACUUUCGCAUAUACGGGUAGUCCAAUGGGUUUUUGCACGGGCCCACUUCCUUUCGCUCCGACAUCUUGACGAGGAAACAUGCCUCCCAAGACAGACAAGAAGAAGGAUACUGGGAAGUCCAAGAAGGACAAGGACCCAGUCAACAAGUCAGGAGGCAAAGCCAAGAAGAAGAAGUGGUCCAAGGGAAAAGUGAGGGAUAAGCUCAACAACCUGAUCCUCUUCGACAAGGCCACCUACGAAAAGUUGUACAAAGAAGUUCCUAACUACAAGCUUAUCACGCCCGCUGUUGUGUCUGAAAGGCUGAAGAUCCGGGGCUCCCUGGCCAGGAAUGCCCUGCAGGAACUGCUCUCUAAAGGCAUGAUCAAGCUGGUGUCCAAGCACAGAGCCCAGCUCAUCUACACACGUAACACCAAGGGUGGAGAUGAGGAGGCAGCAGCAGAGAAAGCAUAAUUAGGUUCUCCUGUUUGUUUCCUUUGAUGUGCUCUUCGUAAUGGAAGGUGAAUAAAAUGGAAAGACAAA